AUGACGAGUGCACUGAGUCCGAGUACAUCCAAGUGUAAUACAUGUGCAAAGUCCGUCACCUCGGACAAUGGGAAAGAGAUUCAACCGUUUGGAGUUUUGGUCGGGCGGAAGAUCCCAAAAAGAGUCAACUCACCAUUGACACCGUUUGCUAGCUACUGGAAAACCGAGGCCACUCCAACGAACAACAACGAACAUGAAACGUCUGUUGACCAACUCCGAAAAGCGAGUGUCUCUCGAAAAGAGUCAGGAACCCACGUGGAUACAGUAGUCACCACAAUCGACGGACAGAGAUAUGAUACCAAGGAACUGGAUCAUGAUCCAGAUUUUAGUGAAACCGCCGAAUGGGCGUUCCCGAUUUUCCAAAUCUCCCGAAAGUAUCCAAAGACGAUUUUGAGCAGGCUGACCUACAACAUCUUCCAACAAUCAGAGUUGUUCCGAAUUUUCAAAGUUUCUCCGAUCAAAUUUUUCAACUUUUUCCACGCUCUCGAGAAGGGAUACUGGGAGAUUCCAUAUCACAACCGAAUCCACGCUGCCGACGUUCUUCAUGGAUGCUACUACCUAUCAGUUCACCCAGUCCGACCACAAUUCGGAGUCGUCAAAUCUCCAGAUUCCCUUCUUCCGGCCCCACAUCCACAGGCUGCUUCUAUCAUGUCUCAGAUGAGCACUUUGGAGUUGAUGGCACUUUUCACAGCGGCUGCGAUGCAUGACUACGAUCAUCCUGGCAGAACGAACGCAUUCUUGGUUACUGUAGAGGAUAAGAAGGCAAUUCUGUACAAUGAUCGAAGUGUUCUGGAGAAUCAUCACGCUGCAGAGUCCUGGAAACUGCUGAAUAAGUCUGAAAAUCAUUUCAUUGAGAAUUUGGAUCCAGCUGAGAUGAAAAGAUUCCGAUACCUGGUCCUCGAGUACAUCCUUGCCACUGAUCUCAAGCAACACUUUGAAAUCAUUAUGACAUUCAACGAUCGAUUAGCUGACAUGGAUCUUCAAGUGGAGUCCGAUCGAUUGCUCGUCGGAAAGCUUCUUAUCAAAAUGGCUGAUAUUAACAGCCCAACAAAACCAUACGGGUUGCAUCGACAGUGGACCGACAGAAUCUGUGAGGAGUUUUAUGAGCAAGGAGACGAUGAGAGGAGAAGGAAUCUGGCAAUCACUCCAUAUAUGGAUAGGGGAGAUGCUCAGGUGGCAAAGUUGCAAGACUCUUUCAUUGCUCACGUUGUCAGUCCGUUGGCUCAGGCCAUGCAUGAGAGCGGUCUCCUCCCAAUUCUUCCUGGUCUCGAAACCUCCGAGCUUAUGAUCAAUAUGCAGCAUAAUCACAGAAAAUGGAAAGAGGAGAUUGAAAUCGAAACUGCUAACUAUGAGCCAACCUGUAAUGGUGGAUCAGUGAACGGAGUGAUAGAAGAAGAGAGUGCCAGCACCAGUGAUAGUCCAGAUCCACGACGAGAUUCUCCAUCAUUGGAUUCCGAAUUAAGCCAGGUACCGUUCACCAUUUGCUGCAGUAUUGCCGAAGAGGAAUACAUCUGA